AUUUGAUGAUAAAAAAAUCAUAAAAAUUUUAAUAAUGAUUGGGGAUAUUUGUGAUUAAUAUAAGUACAUAUAAAGGAUGGAAAUUUCGUUCAUUUCACAAUAAUUUCUGCAGAUCGAAAUGAGGUUCGCCAUUUGCCUAUUAGCUAUCAUCAUUGGUUGUGGAGCUAUUUCUGAGGAAGAAGCUCGCAACCAGUGGCAAAACUAUCAGGAAGAAUUUGGAAAAUCCUACAGAUCUCUAGUCGAACACCGCCAUCGUUUCGCUUUGUUCAAGCAAAAACUUCAAGAAAUCGAAGAACACAACAAACUGUAUGCUGAAGGAAGAGUAACAUGGUUCAAAGGUAUUACACCUUUCUCUGACUGGACCCGUGAAGAAUUCAACAACUACAUCAAUAAAAACAAAUAUAAAGAUAUCUUUGGAGAAGAACAAAUUUUCAAAAAUGAAAAUCUAACAGCUCCUGCUAGUAUUGACUGGAGAUCAAAAGGAGCUGUCAGUGAAGUGAAAAAUCAAGGGGAAUGCGGAUCAUGUUGGACCUUCAGUUCUACAGGAGCUUUGGAAGGUGCAGCUCAAAUCAAAACAGGUGUACUCACUUCUUUGAGUGAACAAAAUUUAAUGGACUGUGCCACUGAAGAAUACAAUGGAUUUGGUUGUGAUGGAGGUACUUCCAUUGGAGCUUUCCAAUACGCUCAAGAUAACGGCAUCGCCUCAGAAGCAAGCUACCCUUACACUGGAUCUCAAGGUUCUUGCAAAUCCUUCAAACCAGUCGUUCACGCCACUGGUUUUGUGAGAGUGCCUCAAUCUGAAAAAGAGCUCCUCAAUGCCGUUGGCACUGCUGGACCAGUAUCAGCUUCUAUAGUUGCCACUGAUAAUUUACAAGAUUAUAAGGGAGGUAUCUUGAACGAUCCUACCUGUGAUGGUCAAAAUGUCAACCACGGUGUUCUGGUUGUCGGUUAUGAUUCAGAAAACGGUAAAGACUAUUGGAUAAUCAAGAAUUCUUGGGGCCCAAAAUGGGGAGAAGAUGGAUAUUGGCGGAUGAUUCGUGGAGUUGUUUCAUGUAGUAUAACUAAACAGGCAAGAUACCCUUUGGUUUGAAUAUUUUUGAUGUAUUUUUUAUAUGAUAAGGUUUGUAGAUAUUCAUUUUCAUUCGAGAACAAAAUGGACGAUGAAAAUUUCAUUGAAAUAUUUUUACUAGUAUAUUCUCAUAAAUGUUGUCCUUCAAAAAAGAAGUUGUUGUAAUUAAAUGUAAGGUACCUACUAUAAUUAUUUGCUUGUGAAGAAAUUAGAAGAAUUUAUUUAUAAAAUUAAUAAGAAUGCCAAUUAAAUUUUUCUAAGAAAAAUAAAUUAUUGAAGUUGAACAUAAUGUAUGAAUAUUAAACAACCCACUUCAAAAUUUUGAUAAAGAUGAUUUCAUCUUUGUGAAUAUUCGUUUUUCAUGAAGUUUGAAAUCAAAUAACUGAGUCAUUAAAAAAGGUCAUUUAUAUUUAGUCAGUCAAUAAACGUAAAAUACAAAAAAAUUGAGCUUAAAAUAGGUACUAUACUAUCAUAACUGAAUAUAAAUAAAACAACCUAUAAAAUUCAAUGGUGAAAUGUAUCUUCAUGUUCUAAUUUGAUAGGAAAUUUUCACCUAUCUACGAAAUAAGACUAGCAUUAUAUUGAAAAUAAGUUAUGAAACAUUUCACCAUAAAAUUUCAUAUAGAAUUUAGUGAGAAAAGUUGAAAGACACAAGUGAGAUAUAAAAAGUUAUAUAUACACAAAGUUUCAUAAAUCAUACAUUUUUAUUGCUCUAUCAAAUAACAUAAUUAUAAUUGUGCAAUACCAAUUAUAAGAUGGAUAUCGAUAUUCACGAACUGUUUUCUACAACGGUAACCAAUUUUUAGAAUUGAUGUGCGAAAACAGAACAACUAAGUUCGGAAUGUUCAAACUAACUAUUUCGAAAAAAUAAGCCUAUGACGUUUUUUAUAUUGGAAUUUCAAGAAAUUUAGUUCCGAAUUAUAUAAACAAAUCAUGAAAAUAAAAUGAAGGAAUAAUAUUUUUAAUUUAGUUCAUAAUACUACACAAUAUUUUUUGUUAGAUUUAAAUGAGUUAUUGAAGUCCAAUAUAAGAAUCAAUAUACAUGCAUUAAAUUUUCAAUAUUAAGCUAUUAGUAAACUUGGUUCGACAAUAAAUACAAUUUUUAUUUUUUAUUCUUCCAAAAAUACUAUUACAAUAUUAUACAGGUUCCUACAAAAAUUUUUUUCAUAAUCUUAAAAGACUCUGUGCGACUACAAAGACUAUACACACAACUUGAUUUGUAACUACGAACACCGCGAAUAUUGUGAUGUGGCCAUUCAUUAUCAAUACAUUCAGGAUUCAAACAUGCAGCUAUAUUUACAUGAACAUAAGAGAAGUAUAAAUUUCUCGAACACUAAAAAUGAAGAAAUUCGAAAAGAUAUGUAUGAAGACCCUUCAGAAUGUUCCCGCUUGUAUCGUUUUCAAUAUAAUAAAAUUUUUCUCGAUCUAAUUUUUUUAUUUCAUUUGCUUUCCAGAUACAGAGUCUUUUUGCUGAA